CAAAGAGAUGCCAUGCCGUUGCUUGCACGCCAAUAAUAAUCUUUCUAAUAAUAAAUCCCACGUUUAAAAAACCAAAAUCCUAUUCCGCCGAUUCCUUCGCUCAAGCUCGCCGGCUCGUCUCUUUUCCCGUUGUUCCUCUCCUGUCUCAGAGAGACUUUUAGCUAUUCGGAGUGUCUACAUGGCUGCGAAGCGCAUUUUGAAGGAGCUCAAGGAUCUGCAGAGGGAUCCGCCCACAUCAUGUAGUGCCGGCCCCAUUGCCCAAGAUAUGUUUCAAUGGCAAGCAACUAUCAUGGGCCCAUCUGAUAGCCCAUAUUCCGGGGGUGUAUUCUCGGUGUUCAUCCAAUUUCCGCCUGACUACCCUUUUAAGCCACCAAAGGUUGCUUUUAGAACGAAGGUCUUUCACCCAAACAUCAACAGCAAUGGAAGUAUCUGCCUAGAUAUUCUCAAAGAACAGUGGAGUCCAGCACUGACCAUAACAAAGGUUCUGUUGUCAAUCUGCUCUCUUCUGACAGAUCCAAAUCCUGAUGAUCCGCUCGUGCCAGAAAUUGCUCAAAUGUACAAGGCUGACAAGACAAAAUACGAGCACAUUGCUCGUAGCUGGACGCACAAGUAUGCCAUGGGAUAAGGCUGCCCCUGCCAUUCUUCAAAGUCUGUUUUAACUAAAUAUAGGGUUUCAAUUGUCUGUUUUGUUCUCUUCAUUUGGGACACGACAAGGCAACACAGUUUGGACUAGUGAAAAGGGAGGGAGUAUAAAUUUUGUUAACUCUGUAAGUAUUAUCAUGCUUUGUUGACUUCUGCUGUCUCCCUCUAUCGCCUCUUUGAUCUCCCUC